AUGUCAGGCCGUCAGCAACGUGUGAUGGUUCAGCCCAUCAAUGUAAUUUUCAAAAAUCUUCAGCAGCGAACAAAAGUUGUCAUAUGGCUGUACGAUAACAUCGAGAUGCGAAUCGAAGGAAGAAUCAUUGGAUUUGACGAAUUUAUGAACCUGGUACUUGAAGAAGCUGCUGAAGUUUUUGUGAAGGACGCUAAACCAAGAAGGGAGCUAGGUCGGAUCCUCCUGAAAGGUGACAACAUCACUCUAAUACAGCAAGUAGUCUAA